UGUGGAUUUAGGGGAGAUAUUAUGAGGCUGUUGUCAUUAGGGCGAUUGCGGUGGAAUCGCUGAAUCUUGACUCGGCGGUGGUUGGCUCUCCCUCUCCUCUCUCCCUCUCUCUCUCCGUCUCGGGUUCUCUCUCUGCGCGCGCGCACCGGGCCGCUCUCCUUCCUCCCUCUCUAUGUGGCUGCGCGGGUGUGUGUGUGUGUGGAUGUGUGUGGGGUGUGGGUGUCCUUUACGCCCUUCCUCCUCCCCCUCCUCCUCCUCCUGCUCCCCCCUCCUUUCCUUCUCCUCCUCCCCCCUCUCCUCUCCCUCCUCCUGGUCCUCAUCGCCCCUCUCCUCCUCUUCCUCCCCUCUCUCUUCCUCUCCCUGAAUUUUCUCCUCUCCUCUCAGGUCAGUCCAUGGUAUUCCGCUCCCCCCUAGACCUCUAUUCCUCCCACUUCUUGUUGCCAAACUUCGCCGAUUCUCACCACCGCUCCAUACUUCUGGCGAGUAGCGGCGGCGGGAACGGUGCGGGAGGCGGCGGCGGCGCGGGAGGCGGCAGCGGCGGAGGGAACGGUGCGGGAGGCGGCGGUGCUGGCGGAGCAGGCGGCGGCGGCGGCGGCUCCAGGGCCCCCCCGGAAGAGUUGUCCAUGUUCCAGCUGCCCACCCUCAACUUCUCGCCGGAGCAGGUGGCCAGCGUCUGUGAGACGCUGGAGGAGACGGGCGACAUCGAGCGGCUGGGCCGCUUCCUCUGGUCGCUGCCCGUGGCCCCCGGGGCGUGCGAGGCCAUCAACAAACACGAGUCGAUCCUGCGCGCGCGCGCCGUGGUCGCCUUCCACACGGGCAACUUCCGAGACCUCUACCACAUCCUCGAGAACCACAAGUUCACCAAGGAGUCUCACGGCAAGCUGCAGGCCAUGUGGCUCGAAGCGCACUACCAGGAGGCCGAGAAGCUGCGCGGCCGCCCACUCGGCCCGGUGGACAAGUACCGCGUGCGCAAGAAGUUCCCGCUGCCACGCACCAUCUGGGACGGCGAGCAGAAGACGCAUUGCUUCAAGGAGCGGACUCGGAGCCUGCUGCGGGAGUGGUACCUGCAGGACCCCUACCCCAACCCCAGCAAGAAACGCGAACUGGCGCAGGCCACCGGCCUCACUCCCACACAAGUAGGCAACUGGUUUAAGAACCGGCGGCAGCGCGACCGCGCCGCGGCGGCCAAGAACAGGCUCCAGCACCAGGCCAUUGGACCGAGCGGCAUGCGCUCGCUGGCCGAGCCCGGCUGCCCCACGCACGGCUCGGCAGAGUCGCCGUCCACGGCGGCCAGCCCGACCACCAGCGUGUCCAGCCUGACGGAGCGCGCGGACACCGGCACCUCCAUCCUCUCGACAAGGCCACCUAUAUCCCAAGCCAGCUGGAGGAGCAGCUUCCAGUCUUCAGAGAUGGGCCCAUCUUCUUCAGUUGGCCUUGGUAGUCAGGACAGAGGACAGAGGGAUAUAUUGUAACAUAUAUUGUAAAAUUUGAGCCACAUACACGGGAUAAAUGACAUCACAAAUAAUCAUCUCCGAAAAGAAAUCUGACAUCCGACGACUCAGAGGCCAGAGCCAUUGCUGACACUCCUGGAGACUAACAUUCUUUGCAAGCAUUUGUGCCUCAGUGAGGGUGGUGGGGAGCCAGCAAAGUGAUGGGCUCUGCAGAAAUCUAGGGGGCUGCCUAGAUGAUGUACGAAUGCAGACCCAGUACAUCAAUAGAAAAAUGUGAUGUGUUCAUUCCUAUCAAGGCGGAGUGCUUUUUAAAUUCGCCAUUUCUGAAAGACUCAGGAUUAAUGUCAAAAACUGUAUGAAAAGACCCAGCCUCUCACCUCUCUUUCUCUUGACCACAGAAUGCGUGUCUAGUGGGGGGAGAGCAAAGGGGGCACUUCAGAAGAAUUGUGAAGCAAGCACAGACAGGGUCACAGAGAGCCCUGGUAUAGCGGAGGUCAACCCCCACCCUGGUGCACAUUAUCGCACUAAGGAACUAGGCAGAACUCUAAGAAGGCCUGGCGAAAGACAGAAGACACGGAGAAGCAGCACAUUGCCUAUGCUGACAUAUGUGAGCCCGAGUUGGAAGACGGCAUGAAUUAAGACUGAAGGCAAGACCCCCUCCCUCAAAAACAGCACUUACAGAUGUUAGAGGGCAGAAAGGCAAAGUCAGAGGAAGCCUAAGGUUAAGUGAGUACUUACCCUGCACCGGGCGCUAUCCAAGGUACUUGACGUGAAUUCUUAAAGAGCUUCUGAGAUAUAAAUAUUAUUAUAAAACCCAUUUGACUAAUGGAAACCUGAGGGUCACAGAGGUUAAAUAAUGCACUAAAUGACAUACUUGAGGUCACUGAGAUAGAGAGUGGCACAUUCAGAAUUGGAAACUAAAUCUGUAACACCAACACCUCCCAGGCUCAUGUUCCUUUUAUGCCACAUGCCAUGUGUAGCCCCAAUGUCAAGGGCUAGGGGUGGGGAAAAAGAGCAGACAGAAGGCAGGAUGAGACUCCCUAGAGGUCUGAGGGAAGGAACAUCCUGGUGCAGGAAUGUUGUGCCGGCAAGGUUGCUGAGACAUGUCUGUCCACAGCCUGGUGAAUCUGGAGGUGUUGAAUAAAGAGUUUUUGUUGUUGUUGUUGUUGUUGUUAACAGGAGCCAGAAACCAGAGGGAUCCCUAAGAGGGCCAAGACAGCUGCAGAGCAAGUAUAGGUUACCCCGAAACUGAAGGUGUGAAGGUGCAAGUUCAGAGCGCAAACCCAAAGGCCACCACACAGAUGGGGGACUAAUGGGCCACCAACAUUCCUGGGACCCAGUGUGAGUGCAGGCAGCAUGGACAGGGAGUGACAACAUACAGUGAAGGUGGGGGCAGGCCAUGUCCUGGCUUCAUGAGACAGGCUAAUGUUGUUUGCAUGCCCAGCUAUUUACAGUCAGGAGACUGAACAAAGGUUCUUUAAACUGUGACUCUGCAGAGGCUUAUACCAGCUAUGUACAAGAGCCCUUCUUCUUGUAUGCUCUGCCCACUGUAGACACUCGUGACUGAAAAGAUCCCAGGUAAGAAGGUAAUGAGGGAGACUAGGAUCCAUCUAGCAACCACAUGUGCAGAAAUGACAAAGAAAACAGGACCUAGAGAUUGGAGAGAGGGUGGGUGGGGUUCUUUUGACUUCUCAGAAUACAGAGUCACAUGGUUUCCCAGAAAGCAAGUUUCACAGGAUGCAUGCGUAUGGACAUGAACGCAAGAAGAGUCUUGAUCAUAAGGCUGGGCCUCCAGGAACCUGAGGAAAGCUGCCCAGCCAUGCCUCAUGGAGACUGGAGAGUGAAUGUUUAAAAAUCAGAAGGUCGUUCAAGACUGAGGACAUCUCUGGAACCAGGUUUUAAGGCUGUCCUCUUAGCAGGUGGGUUUUGUCCACUCUUCAACUCCACCACUGACAUCAUCAGACUUUUUCCUGUAGGCACCAGAGUCGCGGGGCCUAUGACAAUAUUUCAGAUCUUGAAAAUACAUUAUGGGUUCAAAUAUGAAAUGACAACUAUAAAAAUCCCAUUGAUACACA